UAGUCACCUUUAAACGUUAAAAGCACAAUGAAAGGUGAAAGUCUUUGGGGAACGGCCCUGAUGUCGUGAUGUGGCGCGGCCGGUUAACGGCUGUUAGCAUCGUUCAUUCCGCGGGAAGCUAACCUAGCUGAGGUUACUGCUCGUUAGCUGAAUGAACAACAACGUGAACUUUGUUCAGUUCAGACGGAGCUCACGUUAGCGGAGCUUAACUUCUCUGCUGGUGUUUAAGUAGAAGCACUUCGCCUUUAGCUCUCUCUGAAAGUUUUGAUUAGUAGUUAGCUUCCCCCUCUUUGUUGUUAGCCAGCCGAGCUAGCUUAGCUGGGUGCUAGCAGGCUAACGCUAACUGGAGAUGGAAGAGGAUCCUUUAGAUCCGCAAGAAGUCGAGCGGGCCAAAACCUUCUGGGCCGGGGAAGACGUGGAUCAGGUUUUUAAUGGAGUAUACGCAUAUCUGGAUUACCUGAAGAGAGUCCUGAAGAAGAACACAGCGACCGAUAAAGAAUAUGUUCAGGCCUUCAAGCUGCUGGAGUCUCUGGACUGCUGUCCUCCGGCCUCCACGCCGGACUCGUCUGUGGUCCAGGUGGUCAUCGGCUCAGUGUCUUCCUGUCCAGUGGAGCUGCUGCUGCCGUCCGAGUUCUCCCACCACAGCCCCUCUUCCUCCCCCUCUUCCUCCCCCCUGCUGCCCUUCAACGGGCUGUCCAGCUCUGCAGCGCCCCCCGCUGGCAGAGAGGAGCUGCUGCCUCCUCUGACCCCCGUCCAGCUGCAGUACCAGCCCCACCUCUGCUGCAAGGCCUGUCUGUCCAGUUUACCCAGCAUGCCUCACUCCACGCCUCUCUUCUGGGGUGAGAACCCCCUGAAGGUCCCGCUGCUCUGCGGCUUUAAGAGGCUGACCGCCGUGCCGCUGAUGUCAUCGAGGGGGGUCGGGACCAGUGACGCCGAGGGGGCGGAGUUUGCGGUCUCCGAGGACGUGGAGGACUGGGACGUCGUCUACAAGGCGCCGUGUGGACUGAGCCUCCGUAACCACGACGACGUGAUGCGUUUCCUGUUGGCCACAGAGAGCUUCGACGUCCUGCAGGUCGACUUCUUCACCUUUAACCCCGCCGUUGAGUUGGACCCACCCCUGGCGACGGGCCCCCGGCGGCCGGAGCUGGACCUGAGUCGGGGCGUGGAGCCCACACCGGUGGAGCUGUGCGCCGGGGAGGGCGGCGCCCGGCCCGCCGACUUCCGCUACAGGAAGGAGCGCUGGCCACACGGCUGCUUCCUGAGCCGCGGCCCGACGCUGUUCGACGCCUGCUGCGACUGCACCGACGGCUGCACCGACGCACAAAGCUGCGCCUGUAUCGCCAUGACCACAGGGGGGCGCCCUUACACCCAUCACAGGCUGAAUGAGCCCGUACCGUCAGGACUCUACGAGUGUGGUCCGUGGUGUGGUUGUGAUCGGGCUCGCUGCCAGAACCGGCUGGUCCAGAGAGGGAUCAGAGUCCGCCUCCAGGUCUUUCAGACCGAGGGCCGCGGCUGGGGCGUCCGGUGCCGCGACGACCUGGACCGCGGCACGUUCGUGUGCAUCUACGCAGGUGUGAUCCUGCGGAGGGUUCAGAGUCACGCCGAGCCUCCGCCACCGAAGCUGACGAGGGCGGACAUCCCCUCAGACGACGAGGUGGAGGUCGUCACUGAGUGGCUGGCCCCGCCGGUGCUGGAGGGGCGGAGCACCCUGCUGGAACUGCCCACCUCGCACGUCACGGUUAUCCAGAGAUCCGCCGACACCAACGCCACCGCACCACAGGAAAAGACAAGGUCAGAGUCUGGUUCAGUUACAGGUAGCAUUAGCAUCCUUCUCCGCCUGGCGGCGGCGGUCCAAAGCGUGAACGGUACCGAGACGGAGGCGAACAGCUUCAACAGUUUAAAGAGAACGAUGAAGGUGGAGGACAUCACCUUCCUGGACGCCAGCAAGGAGGGAAACGUGAGCCGCUUCAUUAACCACAGCUGCCAGCCAAACCUGUUCAUCCAGAACGUCUUCACCGACUCCCACGACCCCGGCUUCCCCGUCGUCGCCUUCUUCACCAGCAGGGCUGUGAAGGCCGGCACCGAGCUCACCUGGAAUUACUCCGCCGACACCCAGAGGAAACAGGAAGUGCCCUGUCUGUGCGGCAGCAGUGGUUGCCAAGGACAUUUUAGCCUCGAGGAGACGCUGUGUGACAUGUGUGAGGUCGAAGGUGAAACACAGUAAUCCCUCCACUGGGCCCAGACACUAUUAAAAAAAGUUGCUGUAAUAAAACUGUUUCUGUAGACUUGUUUACUUUUCUAAAUAAAUGGACUCACUUUGGAAAA